AUGAAUGGCCAUAACAAGAUACAAGAAUUCACAGUAUAUAUAGGCAAUGUGGCACCUGAGGUAACUAAAGAGGUGAUUUAUGAGCUUUUUCUCCAGGUGGCUCCAAUUAAAAGCAUCCGAUAUCCAAAAGAUAGAGUGCUGGAAACGCACCAAGGGUUUGCUUUCGUGGAAUUCUACAAUGCGGCAGACACGGAGUAUGCAUGUAAGUGUUUUAAUAACGCUGUAAAAUUAUUUGGUCGAAUACUAAAGGUGAGAAGAGCCAAUGCAGGCGGAGGGGCCUCUAACUCGAGUGCCGAAGCUAGCAACCUGAGCGGACUGCACGGCGGAGCAAAAUUGUUUGUCAAAAAUGUCGACAAACUUGUAGACGAACAGGCUUUAGGGAAGAUUUUUGCAAAAUUUGGUCCAUUACUUAAGGCCCCGGAGAUAUUCCAUCUUAAACAGAAUCAGUUGAGAUGCGCCUUCGUGUACUACACCACAUUUGAGCACUCAGAUAAAGCACUAGCAAAGCUCAAUAAUCAAAUGGUGAUGAAUAGUUGCAUAUCGGUGGAUUAUGCUUUGAGGGAGGACAGUCGUACGGAGAAACACGGCGACGAAAUCGAACGGCUACUAGAUGCGGAGGCUUCAAGGCGCCAGGUGAAAUUGGACAUUUAA